AUGUUGUAAAAUCUUGCCUUUGAAAAAAUAAAAGAGUUUUCAAAAUUAAGCAAUUAGAAAAUGAGAUAUAUUAGUGGUGGAUAUUGCAACUAGAGAGACUCCCGGUGAAAUCUUCGUUGGAGACGAUCCAACCCCCUUUGACAUCCGACAUCAAAUAAAAAUAUGGUUCCGGCACAGUUUGGAUGUUUUAAUCAUUAUUUUCUUUCACCUUGGAUGAAAAAUAAAUUAUGUGAGAGUAUAUUAUUGUAUUUUGUAUGAUGUGGAAUACGAUGUCGUAUUUGUGUGUCCAAACAGUAACACUUGACACUUCACAUUGCAAAUGCAUGACACCGAAACACUUCACAUUUGAUAGCGUGUAAGUGUUUUGUGUGUCCAGACAAUAACACUUGACACUUCACAUCAAAAGCACAUGACACCGGCACUCAACAUUAAAAGAUCCCAAGCGCUUGACACCAACACACAUCAACAAUCCGACAUAGUACACCGACACCAACAUAUAACACCCACCUCGGUUGCAUUCAAUCAAAUUUAAUUUUCUCGAAUUUAGCCCAAGCGUGUGACACCGACACACAUCAACAAUCCGACAUAGUCCACCGACACCAACCCAUAACACUCACCUAGCUUGCAUUCAAUCACAUUUAAUUUUCUCAAAUUUUCGUGUGUGGUGUCUGGAACAGUGUUGGUGCUUCAUAGGUUAUUUGUCACAGGUAAUCAACAAUAUCUUAUAAAAUAAAAUCAAUGGCUAACUUUUUCAGGGUUCUUGAAGAGUUUGCGCGAGUGGAUGAUCGACAAUCUAGGAUUGAUAUGUUUGAGAAAUUCUCAUGGAAGAUUGAGAACUUUUCUCGAUUGACCGAUAGUGAUCAGUAUUACUCUGAGCCUUUCGUCCUCUGUGGCCAUCCAUGGAGGAUUCUUGUUUAUCCAUAUGGGAACGACACAGACUGCGUGUCAAUUUAUUUGGAUUAUAUGCAAUCUCCUAAUUCUCAUCAGCGCGAGAUCAGAGAUGUGACAUUCAGUCUGUUUGUAUUUAAUCAGUUCGAUAGCUGCAUGACAAUCACAAAAGAGACUGAUCAUGUGUUCAGUGAAAGGGAGAAGUCCUGGGGUUUCACACAUUUCAUUCCUUUAGCUGAGAUCCAUAAUCCUGGCUUGGGGUUUCUUGUGAACGAUGUUAUUAUUAUUGGCACGGAGGUUUAUGUUCACAAUUCAUGGCGCGAGAAUCAUGUGAAUCCAACUGCCAACUUCACAUCCGGAAGUCAUAGCAGUAGUGGACAUAUGGAAGUUCCAAGGCCAAUGCCAUUGCCAAUGCCACAAGCCCAUGUCCCAAAUUUGGAAUCUCUUUCUGAAUUCCCAACAUUAGUUCAUACUGAGCCUACUAGAGACACUACUGAUGUGGAAUUAUUCUCGGACUCGGUUGGUGAGCUUAUGGAUUUCGCGGGUUUAGGCAAAGUGGAAAAAUCUUUUGUUCCAUUACUAAAUGAAGUAUGUUCUCAUCAUCCUUCACUUAUUGAGUGUCAGCAGAGGAGAAGUCGCAAGUUUACCGAGUGGGCUUUCACUGCUUUGGGAAGAGUUCUCUAUUUUCUUAAGACAAGAAAGGUGAAAGACAUGAAUGAGCAAGCUUGUAAGGAUCUUCAAAUGUUAUGGGAGGAACUCGAGACAUUCAAAUUUGAUCUGACUUGGCUAGAGCCUCAUGUUCAAUCUGCAUUAGGAAUGAAAAAUUAUGUGGAGAAAGCUGUGCAAAUGGAAGAGCUGAAGAAGUAUGUGGAAAGUCUAACUUUGGAAAUGGAAAGUUUUAAAACAAAAUUGGCAACUGUUGAGGUACAUCUUGACAUAGCAAAAGACUUGCUGAAAGAAGAAAGCCUCAAUGAGAGACAUUUGAAUGCUGAACUAGGAUAUGGGAUGCCAUAGACCUAUAGGUACAUACACAUGCAUGUUUACAUGGAUGCAUGUUUACAUGCCAUAGACCUAAAAUGUUGUGCAGAUUCAUCUUUUGGCAACUGAA